UCUGAGAUUCAUUUCUCUGCAGAUGAAACUCAUGGAAAGUACAGCAUGUCAGCAGAGGAAAACUUCACUCUCACAAUCAACAAUCUAACAGAGAGUGAUGCAAAUUUUUACUGCUGCAUUAAAACUGUCUACAAAGAAGAGAAAUGUCAGCAAAGUGGAAUUCAUCUCCAUGUUGCAGAGCUGCAGGUAAAGGUGAUUCCUGCCACAGAGGGACAGACAGUAACACUGAUGUGCAGCAGCAGCAGCUGUCCUCUGACUGAAAACCCUGCAGCCUACAUCUGGUACAAGAACAGAGAGUUUCUCUAUGAGGACUGGUCUCCCUGGUACCAAGAGCUGCUCAGCAGUGAGGAAGCAGUCACAUACUCCUGUGCUGUCAAAGGCUACGAGCAUCUCAGAGCCCCUGAAGUCUCUGUGGGUUCUCUGACUCCAGCCUGCUUCACUGUGACCUCUGCUAAAGGGAGGAUGUGUUCUUCUGAGCAGACAUCAGUGGAUGAGUCCUGCACCAUCACAUAUCCCAGAGAAAUUUUUAUCCAGAGAUCUCCUGGUGCAGCAGGUCACAGCAGACUGACCUGUAACAGCAGCUGUUUUCUGACUGACCCUCUGACGUCCUUUGUUUGGUACAAGAACAGAAAGAGAACGAAACAGGAGAAAAAACAGAUUUUAGAUACUGACUGUUCUCCAGACAGCUUCUCUUGUGCUGUAAAAGGUGUUGAGGAUGUCCACUCUGCUGACGUCUGUGUUAUGAAUGAGACCUGCUGGAGUUUGAAUUAUGUCCACAGCAGAAUCUGCGCCCUGGAAGGAUCUUCAGUGAACAUCUCCAGUAAAUACUCACAUCCUGAGUACGAGCAGAUAAAGUCUAAAUGUUGGUACAAAGUAAAGAGAAAUGCUGAGGAGGAAGCUGAACAGCUGCAUGAGGAUGCAGAUAAUGUGGAGUAUGAUGACAGCAUGAAGAACCAACACAUCCUCACAUUAAAACACCUGAAGAAAGAUGACUCAGCAGAAUACAGGCUCACAAUCACAACAGAAACUGAAGAACUGACACAGUCUGAUGUUCCUGGAGUUAUUCUGAUUGUCACAGAGCUGAGAGUGGAGAUGAGUCCUUCUGCAGUGGUGACAGAGGGUCAGAGAGUCACAUUGACCUGCAGGACCAGCUGUCCUCUGACUCACAACACAAACUACAUUUGGUACUUCAACAGUCGACCUCUGACCCCGAGAGAGAACCAAAACAAACAUCUGAUCCUAGACCCAGUCAGCAGGGAGAAUGCAGGAAACUACUCCUGUGCUGUGGAAACCAGCAAAGAUAUCAGCUCUGCUCCAAAGACUCUCACUGUCCAAAGUAUCACAGGAACAUGGACACCAGCAGCUGCAGGAGGUUCUGCAGCUCUCCUGGUUUUAAUACUGCUCACUGUCUUCUGCUGGAUCAGGAAAAAGAGGACCACCAGUGAGACUCCAAGAAGAGAAAAAUCAGAGAACAAGCAGCAGAUGAAUCUUGAUCCCAUGUAUGAAAACAUCUCCGCUCAGUCAGCAGAGCAGGAUGAUCAUCACUAUGGCAGACUGCACUUCAGUGAGAACCACACAGCUGAUCUCUACUCCACCAUCGAGCCACUGCCUGCUCACUGAAGAAAAGAUUGUUACCAUGGUGAUUUAAAGGGAUAGGCCGUGUGUGACAACAUUUCAGGUUUUCCUGAUAAGUUGUGUCUGAAAUAACUUCAGUAUCACAGCAGAGACACCCUAGUCAGUGUCUUCAACUAGAGUACCAGUUGAAUACCAGUUUAAACAUGUUUAAUGAUGAAAUGCAUGUGUCACAAAUGUCCUUUAAAGUAGUCUCUGGAGUUUGACAAAAGUGACUGGACUUCUCUUUGUUUCUUGAAUACAUUUCACCUCUCA